AUGACGACUACACCACCAGCUAAAUCUAUCUUAAAUGCGUUAUCUAAACUUAGAGCCAAACUUUUUAAUAAUGUUUAUAAUCCAACUAAUGUACGAACAGGCAACAAAGUUCUCCGACAACGACUCAUUGGACCAACGAUUACAAAUUGGUAUCCAAAGCAAUUAAUAUCCGUUCGUGAAAUCACAGACAUGUUUCCUGAGUUUAAUCUAAUAAAUCAACAAGAGAAACAACGUUUAGAUGAAAUUGCGAAACGAAAGAAACGCGGAAAAGGUGCACCAAAGAAAGGUUCGACCGUUUUACAUGAAUAA